UCUCCGUCCCCUCCCCUCUCCCCGCCUCCGCCUCCCCUUCCCCGCGCCGCCGCUUGCCAACCUGCCGGCAGGAGCACCGGCGGGGAUGUGCGACCGCUCAACUAACCACCAACGCAGCUCUCCCGCGCUGUGCACCCUCCUCUAGCUAGGGUUUUGCACUUUUGCCUCUUGGGGCUCCAUGCUGGUGUGAGGUGGGGAGCCGACGACCUGGUGCUGUCCGGUUGUGUAAGCUGGGGCGUGUUCUGGGUCGGCUCGCCGUCGGAUGGACGCCGAUGAGGCCGCGGGGAGUAGCAGGAGGAUGGAUCUGAACCUCUACCUUGGCCUCCCACGCGCCCCGCGCCCGCGCCGCUCCGACCUGGGCUCCGACCUCGCCCUCAGCACCCCGAUGCCCUCCUCGCCGUCCUCCUCCGCAGCCUCCGUUGACGCGCCGGCGCCACCGCCCGAGCUUUCGCAUCCCCCGUACUCUCCCUCUCAUGCCGACCUUUCCCCUCCGCCGCCGGAGGUUUUUUCCCUGUACAACCCCGAGGACCCACCUGCUUCCGAGGCGCACCUACCGUACGUGCCGCCUCCGGCGCCGGUGAUCUCGGAGCUCCCGGACGACCUCGAGUUUGGCCUCCCGCCCCCACCGCCACUGGUGCGGGCCAGCGAACUGCUAGGUUGGGAUGACCGGCCGUCUUCGUCGACGGCGUCGUCCUCUUUUUUGCCUGACACCGCAACCCGUUACUGGCGGCUUCUCGAGCAGACUGGAAACCGAUGGCUCCGUGCGAGGCGGUUUAGGUCGGACCUUCCGCCCCUUAGUUCUGAAGCUUACCCAGCUGGGCGUGAUAUAGCAGUCCCGGUGCCUCAGCACGAGGUGACGAAUGAUACUGUUGAACACAACAAAGUAGCUGCCGGUGGCACAGAAGUAGGUGCCUCCGAGGAGUCGGAGGAGCAGGGCAGGAGUGCUGCCACAUUUGAGUGUAAUAUAUGCUUUGAUAUGGCCAGCGAUCCGGUAGUCACCUCUUGUGGCCAUCUAUUUUGCUGGCCUUGCUUGUACCAAUGGCUCAAUGUUUACUCCAACCACAAGGAAUGCCCUGUCUGCAAAGGCGAGGUGACUGAGGCGAAUAUUACUCCUAUCUACGGGAGAGGGAAUUCAUCUUUGGAUGCCGAGAAGGCUGUGGAAGAUGGGAAACAACCUGGUCCUAAUAUCCCACCAAGACCACAUGGAAAUCGGCUUGAAAGCUUCAGGCAGCAGUUUCACCAUUUGCGACCAAUCUCAAGAAGGCUUGGUGAGGCACAUGGAUUACUGUCAUCAUGGAGGCGGCUUCUAGACCAACAGAUUAUGAAUACUGCAAGUAGGUUUGAAGCCCCGCCUGAAUCAGCCGUGCAGGAAAUAGUUGACACUGCUCAUGCUCAGCACACUAGUCGCUUAAGUAGAUUGGCUUCACGGAUGAGAGCAAGACGGUUGCUGAGAGAAGCAGACAACCCUAACUCUCCUGAUGGUGGUUCCACUGCCCUUGAUAGUGGUUUGGUCAGAAACAAUGCACCGGAUCCAUCCAGAAAUGGUCCAAGCUCAUUAUUACCAGAUGGUAUUGAUUGGUUGCGUGGACUUACCCUUCUUGGGUAUGAAGACACAGAAAGAUUUGCAACUGCCAUGAGUGAUUUCAGAAGGAUAACUGGGUCAAGCCAAUACGGAGCAUCAGCGUCAUCAUCUAAUCCUCCAAAUCCGAAUUCAACAUUUGACAGAACCCAUGUUGUUGCAGCACCUUCUGCAGAUCAAGCAUCUAACUCAAGCACCGCUGCAGUUAUACAAGGGGAUGCUGGUAUCUCCGAGAGUGCAGGAGAACCUAGUAAUGUAGGGUCGUCAAGAUCCCUGAGGAGGAGAGGGAGGAGCAGUGCCUUGGGUUCUUUGGAUGCCGAUGGUGGGGGCCUCCAACGUAACAAGAGGCGAAGGAUAAACUGAACAUUUUGUGUUGCGGUGUUAAUCUAAACUCUGGGCGUCAUGCUCGCUGAUUUUCAAUUAUUGCAUUUCAUUUCUUCGGGUGAUGUCUGCUGUGUUGUAGUGUAACAAUUUUCUUCCUUUUCUUGUUUAGUUUGCACUGAAAUGUUCUUCUGUUUAGUUCCUAUGUAGUCUCUACCUGUUUAAUUUAAGGAAAGUUAUUUAUCAAGCCAUUUUUGCGUUGGAAACAUAAAGGUUCGAGUUCACAUUAUUUCCAGAAUAAUAAAUUGGAUGCUGACAUGUGCAUCCAACACAACAGUACUCUGGUAUUCUUGUUACCAUCAAGUAAUAUAGGCAUAGCCAUUUUGUUUUUAUUUGUGAUCCUAAGAAACUCCUUCGGACACAAAAACUAACAGGUCAUGUAUAGUUUAGUGUAUAGAACACCCAGAGAAUGGACCUGUGGACAUGGUUGUCUUUGUUGCUUCAGAGAAGGUUCAUAGUCUGAGCUUUACUGCACAUUUACCCUCUAAUGGAACUACUUAACCAGCAUAUUUUCUUACUUGCUGAUUGUUCAGUAGAUAAGCUAAACUUUGUUAUCGUUCGGAAUUUCUUGAUGCAUGGAAGCUGUUUCAUUGAGCAUAGGUCAGUGUAACUGUGCUAAUU